AUGGAGGGUGGUUCUGGGGCCCCCAACUCCAGCUUGCUGGGGGAGCACUCGGCACUGGUGGGGAGCAGCUGGGUGGCUGCCUUCCUCUGCUUCAUCAUCCUGCUGACCACGGCGGGGAACUUCCUCCUCAUCCUCCUCAUCGUCUCCCAGCGCUCCCUCCGCAACACUUCCAACUACUUCCUGGUUUCCCUUUUCAUGUCCGACCUGAUGGUGGGGCUGGUGGUCAUGCCCCCAGCCAUGCUCAACCAGCUGUACGGCCGCUGGGUGCUGCGGGGUGACUUCUGCUCCCUCUGGUACUCCUUCGAUGUCAUGUGCUGCAGCGCCUCCAUCCUCAACCUCUGCCUCAUCAGCCUGGACCGCUACCUGCUCAUCAUCUCCCCCCUCAAGUACAAGCUGAGGAUGACCUCCUGCAGAGCCCUCUGGCUCAUCCUGGCCACCUGGACCUUGGCUGCUCUGGCCUCCUUCUUACCCAUCAAGAUGGGUUGGCACAGGCUGGAGUUUGAAGUCCAGUCCCCAAAUGUCACCUCCCGAGUGGACAAGGAGCAGUGUAGGCUGCUGGUCAGCUUGCCCUAUGCCUUGGUGGCCUCCUGCCUGACUUUCUUCCUCCCUUCUGCUGCCAUCUCCUUCACCUACUGCCGCAUCCUGCUGGCAGCCCGCAAACAAGCAGUGCAGGUGGCUUCCCUUGCCUCCAACGUGGCCACCACUACCACCUCUGAUGAGACCACACCACAGGUUCCCUGCACCCCGAGCCAGCCCGUGGCUGGCAUUGAGGGCAGGAGGUUCACCAACAAGCACAGCAAGAAGGCUCUGAAGGCCAGGCUGACACUGGGCAUUCUCCUGGGCAUGUUCUUCGUGGCUUGGCUCCCCUUCUUUGUCACCAAUGUGACUCAGGCAGUGUGUGGUUGUGUCCCAGCCGGCUUCUUCGACGUGCUCACCUGGCUGGGGUAUUGCAACAGCACCAUGAACCCCAUCAUCUACCCGCUCUUCAUGAGGGACUUCAAGAGGGCCAUGGGCAAAUACCUGCCCUGCUGCUGGCGCGUGGGGGAGCCGCGUCCCAGCGCCAUCUCCCUCUCCAUGAGGAACUCCAACAGUGGGGCCCGCGCUGCCACCUCCCUCAAGAAUGUCCUCACCUUGCAGGCAGAGACUGACUCGCUAGAGUCUGGUGUGCUGGGUCAUGAGCACAACCUGCUGCCAGCUGCCCACAGCUCCCUGGCCCUCCCAGCCCCCAGGCCCUGCUUGGUCAACCUCUUCGAUGUGGAGCCCUCGGACCCGGAGCUGCAGCCCAAGUGUCUUGGCACCCCCGUGGCCUGA